GGGACCGGCGCUCCCCUCCCGGGCUGCAUCGGCAGUAAGAGACGCAAGGGUUUGAGGCCAAGUGUUCAGGGUCCUGACAUUGGUGAGUCUGGAGUUCAAGGCCUAGUGUUCACUGAUCAGCAGGCCCUGGGGUUGAUACCGAGGAUCAAGACUCGAGAGUCAAAUUGGAACUCCAGAAGUUGAGGCCUGUUGGCUGAAGCCCUAAGUAUGCAAAUCUUCGGCAGUCUGCUGGGUUAGUCGAAGCCCCAACGUCCACAAGUCCAAAUCAGAGGGUCUUUCCUGGAGUUGGAAGACAGUGAUGAAGUCAAGACCAUCUUUGCCUACAGUCAAUGUCUACCUGAAUGAAGCUACUCCUGUUCGUGUUCAUAUUCAGAAACCCAAGCUGCUGCCUUCUGUUGUGGAACUGAACACAUCAAAUGAACUAUCUGAGGAAGACUUGGAUGUUUCUAGUAAAUCAAAUUGCAUGGCUGAAGACUUUGAAGCUGAACUGUCACAAACAAGUAAUAAGGAUAGAGCUAUCUGGAAGACUUUUGAAAAGUUACAAGAACUGGACUUGAAAGGGAUGGAAAGAAAAGGUCUUGCUGAAGAGAGCAAGCUGUCAAUGGCACUAAAAGAAGCUGAAGCAACAUGCAUAGCUGCAGCAAAGCAAGUGGCAAUACUAAAGAAUUCCAUUGCAGAGUUAAUGCAGCCAGGCAUGGACUGUACCUACAUACAAGUGGAAGUUUUGAUGCAAAAGCUGACAAAGAGCAAGUCUAAAAAUAUUCAUUUAAAAAGUAAACUCUUAGAAGCUGAGAGGAAUGCUGAAGAAGUUUCAGAGAUGUACCAGAAAGAAAAGGAUAAUUCUUUCUUUGAAAAGCAGCUUUCAAAAUCCAUUGGAGCAACCCAAGCUCAUCUACAGGGACAACUUCAAAAUAAAGAGGCUGUGAGUGACAGGAUGUUAGCUCAGAUACUUAGGCUUGAGAGGACAAUAACGUACAAGAGAUUACAGAUUGAGCACCUGAGGGCACUGAUAUCGACAGUGAAAAAUAAAACUAAAGAGGACAAAACUGUCUUAAAGAAGGCAGCACAAACUCAAAAAAGAAGAGCAGAGAGAUUUGAAGCUGCCAUGGGAAACCUUAAUUCUCAAAUGAAAGACAAGGAAAUGAAAUUAUUAGAAGCACAAAGGACCCUUGGUAGCUGGAACAGACAGUACAGUGCAGUUGCAGAAGACAAAGCCCAAUUAGAAACUGAAGUCAUUUCACUUUCUGGGAAAGCAGAUGCUCUAAAGGAGCAGCUUAAGAAAACUACAGAGAGGGCCACAUGUACAAGCCGUGAACUUCUGGAGAAACUGCAUAUCACCAGUUCAGAAAAUGCUUGUCUCCACAAGGAGAAUGCACAAUUAAAAGUUUCAUUAGCAGCUUUAGAAGAAAGGACCACAGUAACAGCAGCAGAACUGCAGCAGCUCAAAACCAAAGCCAAACAACAAGAGGAGAUUGCUCUGCAAUAUGAAACUCAGAUCCAGUUUUUACAGAUAUCAGCAGAUGAACUGAAGGGAGGUCUUGAAAAAGCUGCAGUGGAAAAGAGACAGGUGAAAAAGAAGGGAGAUACAGAAAAAUGGAAGGUGUACGAUGAAACGGAACCUCGUCUGAAGGAGCUGAGACCCUUUCCCGACCUGCUGAAGGCAGCUGAACAAAGGCUCCACGAGUGUGAGGAAAAGCUCCUGAGUUGCAAGAGAAGGUUCCUUGACUUAUCCAAAACACUGACUGAGCUACAGGCCAGUGACCAGAGUUACAGAGAAAAAUCCCCUUCGGAAAAUCUGGAGUCCUUGAGGGAAGAGAAGCACAUGUUGUUACAGGCUCUGGAUGUUCUUUCCUGGAAGCUGAAGGAGGUUGAUAUACAAAACCAAGAGCUGAAUGAGACAAUGGCAAAACAAGAAGAAGCAGUUUUAUUCAGCAACUGCCAACUGGAGGAGCGAUCGAGGGAAUCUGCAGCUCUGAGCCAGCAGUUGGAAGCAGCGUUACUUGAUGUCAGUGAAAAGGUCAGGGAGAUGAAAGACCAGGCUGCAGCUAAAGAAUGGGUAUUUCAGAACAGGAUACUUGAACUGGAAUCGGAGUUAAAUAGAACGACAAGUGGCCUGAAACUGCUUCAACAAAGCAAAGAUCGUGCUGACCUAAACCAUAAGAUACGUCUGCAGGAGUUGAAACUCAGCCUCGAACAAUCUGAGAAUCAGAAUCGGAGCAUCCAGAACUACAUCCAGUUCCUCAAAACAUCUUACACAACAAUGUUUGGAGAUGGCGUACCAACAGAUCUUCACACCGAGCCGUUGCUUGACAAUGUUCCCACAACUCUGUCCUCAACUGCAUGACAAUCCUUCCAGAUGAGACGUAUCAAAAAUCAGGUUCAUUGCAGGUCAUGGAAAUUGUUAAUGAUGUGAACAUUGUGCUGCUGUUAACUAUGAUUAAACUGAAUACCUUAAUCGUUGUAUUUUUAAUAACUUGAAACUGAUUUUAGUAAUUUAAUUUAAGACGCUUUAUUGGAUCCUCAUGAUUUUUUUCAUAACCUACUCAAACAAUAUUGUUUCCUACUUAAAAAUAAGUUAAUCUCCGGUGCUGUCAAAUGGGAUACAGAGUUCUGUGAAUAACAAUUUUCAUAAUCUUAUGCAUUAUUUUCAGGUUUAAAAUAUUAAUGGUGUAAAAGGUUUUGUGAAAUCAUGAGUUCAAUAUCAUCUUUUUGACUCCUUUUUGUAUUUGAUAUUUUGCCUUCUUGCCCAUCUUAGACCAGAUGGUUCAUCCUUCACUUGUCUCAGUUCCAUUGUGCUUGAAGGAUACCUCCUAGGGCAGUAGCCUCUGCUCACACCUCCCAUGUCUUAAAGCAUAUGGCAUCUUAGGAGUCAGAGACGAGACUGCAGUUGCUGGGAUCUGGGUGGCAUGGUAGCCUAGCCAUUAGCUUAAUAAUUUACAGUGCCGGUGACCCAGGUUCAAUUCCCUCCGCUGUGCAUACGAAGUUUGUAUGUUUUCCUGUGCCUGCAUGGAUUUCUUCCCACAUUCCAAAGAUGUAUGGGUUAGUAGGUUAUUUGGUUACAUUUGGCAGUGCAGGUUCGUUGGGCUGGAAAAGCUUGUUAUUGUGCUGUAUCUCUAAACAAAAUAAAACCUGGAGAUUUGUUCCUGGCAUUUCAUGAGCUCCCCACACGCAUUUUUCCUGAGCUUGCAGUUGGCAAUAGGAUGAAAUCUGACAAACUCUUUCCCAUGUUGGCCACAGUCUCAACGUAGUCCACUCACUCCCUCCAGGUCGAAGCUGUGGGAAACCAAGUGGGUCAACGUUGCAGCCACCUCUUUGUGGGAUGCAUGGAAGAGCCCUUGUUUCUGUCUUCUUUACACACCCUCCCUCAGUUCACUUUUUCUCCCCAGUACGUCAAUGACUGAAGAUUUGGGAAAUCUGUAAAGGAAAAAAAAUUGGAAAGAGCAGACCAGGUAGUAUCGUUGGGGUGGGGGGAGGGUGCUGGAAAUCUGGAUCAACACACAAAAAGCUGGAGGAACUCAGUGAGUCAGGCAUAAGGUGAGUGGGAGCAGUAUUUUGCUCAGAGUGGGGGAGAACAAAACUAGGGAACAUUCUUUUAUGAGUAGAGGGGAAGGAUUUAAAUGGGACCUGAUGGGAAAGUUUUUCACAUGGAGGGUGGUGAAUAUAUGGAAUGAACUGCCAGAGGAAGUGGUUGAGGCAAGUACAAUCGUAUCAUUUAAGAAACACUUGGAAUGAAUGCAGGAAGUUGGCACUAACUGGGUGGGCACUGUGAUCAGCAUGGUCUGCUGGGUCAAACAGAUUGUCUCCAAGCUUUAUUGCUCUGUGACUCUAGACUAUAUCACAGUUAUAAAUUACAAAUUUUUAAAUUUGCCUUGGAUAUGUCUGCACUUUGCAAUAAUUAAUUCUUUGGAAGUAACGUUUUGGCUGGGACAUUGUUUGAUAUAUUUUGAGGAUGUGCAAAGUGCUAAAUAAAUGCAAAUUAUUAUCCGAAGCAAACUGACAAAACAUUCAGGUAUUCUUAGACAUAGGGGAUUCUGCAGAGGCUGGAAAUCCAGAACAACAUGGACAAAAUCCUGGAGGAACUCAGCAGGUUAGGUAGCAGCUAUGGAAAGGAAUAAACAGUUGACGUUUUAAGCCAAGACCCCUCAUCAAGACUAGAAAAGAAGGAGAAAAAACUUCAACAUGAAGAUGAGGAGGGAGGGAAAGAGCUUCAUUGAGCACUUUGCUCUGUCUGCAACAACCAUGAAUUCCUGGUGGCCAACCAUUUUAAUUCCACUGCCCAUUCCCAUUCUGACAUGUCAGUCCAUGUCUUCCUCUACUGUCAUGAUGAAGCCCCUCUCAGGAUGAAGGAGUAGCUCCUCAUAUUUCAUCUAGGUAGCCUCCAACUCGAAGGUGUGAAUAUCGAUUCCUCUAAUUUCUGGUUGUUUCUCACCACUCCCCUUCCUCUACUUUUCCAUUCCCCAUUCUGUCUCCUCACCUUUUCUCUUCUCCUCACCCACCUGCACCACCCUCUGAUGCCCCACCUCCUCCCCUUUCUCCCAUGGUCCAUUCGCCACUUCUAUCAGAUUUCUUCUGCUCCAGCCCUUUGCUUCUUCCACCUAACACCUCCCAGCUUCUUACUUUACAUCAAAUCCAAAUGCAACACUUGUGCUGGCAGCUCAUUCCACACUCUCACCACCCUCUGAGUGAAGAAAUUUUCCCCAUAUUCCCUUAAACUUUUCACCUUUCAUCCUUAACCCGUGACCUCUAGGAGAAGAAUAAAAAGCCUGCUUGCAUUUACCUUAUCUAUACCUCUCAUAAUUUUGUAUACCUCUAUCACAUCUCCUCUCAAUCUUCUACGUUCCAAGGAAUAAAGUCCUAAUCUGGUCAAUCUUUCCUUAUAACUCAGGUCCUCCAGACCCAGCUACAUGCUUGUAAAUUUUCUCUGUACUCUUUCAGCAUUAUUUACAUCCUUCCUGUAGAUAGAUGACCAAAACUGCGGCAUUACAAUGGAGCUUAACAGCGACUCCUUCAAGCUCAUCUGCGGAAACAGCUUAAUUUCUACCUUUAAUUUCUCUCUUUUUCCUUUUCAAGGUUGAUAGGUUUCUGUUAGAGAUGUUGACCCAGAGCUAUACUCAAACUUUGGCUCUUUGCAGCUGUGGGACCCGCUCACAGGGGCUCAUCACCUGCUGCUUUUGAUACCCCAAGUACACGCCCUAGAAGACGAGCGCGCCUUCGGGGAUCUGAGACUUUGUGGCCCUGUGGAUGAGCUGACUCUAUGCCAGUACCACCAACUGAAGCACCACAGGAGAAAUGGAACAUCAGGAACAGCGGAUCAACUGCCGAGGGCUCAGCAAAUCUUCCUCCUUUCUCCGAUUCCUGAGUCGGAGAACUUGGAGGAAAAAAGUGACGCAGCAAAUCAGUGAGCUCUUUUGUUAUGUCUGCCCUCUUGCUGUGAAAGGGUGACACCACUUUGUCCUUAUUGGGAAGAGAGAGAGCCUGUGGUAUGUUGAAAGUUGAGGUGAACAUUUAGUUCUUGUUGUACUGCAGAUCAUGGUCUUUCUUGGGGGCUUUACUAUUGCUUACUUGGUGGAUGGAGGGUGCUGAUGCUUUUUUUGUGCUGAAGUAAGUGGGGAGAGGGAGGGUCCUUGUUCUGCCGCUGCUUCUGUGUGGGAGGGGGAGUACAAGGGGGCCCUGGGGUUGUAAUGUUUUUAUUGUCACUCAUUCUUUGGGCACUCCUGUUUAUGUGGAUGUCUGUGAAGAACAAGAACUUCUGGUUGUAUACAUUCUCUGAUAGUAAAUGGAACUAUUGAACUAUUGAAAGUAGGCCUUAUCAACAUCCUAUACAGUUUUAACAUACGGUGUUAAUCCAUGGUAGGAUUUUCCCAGCAAAGAGGUAGCCAUUGUCGGAGGGAAGAGCACAUCAUAAGCCAACUGUUCUUUGCAAUUAUGGAAAGUUAUGCUACACAAAGCAGCCAUUUCAUUCCCUGAAUCCAUGCUUGCAAAAAUCAACAGCAAUAAUAAAUAAUAAUUCAACUAAUUCCAUUCUAAAGGCUUUAACAUUUAACGUGCUUGAUGGUUGUUACAAAAAAUGAGAUGGUAAACAAUGGUCUGCAUUCAAUACUUAGCAUAUGCUUUGAUUUUUUUAUCAUUUCCCCAAUCCACCUUGUCACUAUUUAGUACACAGCCACUCCUAUUGUUUAUUUCUGAUUUACAACCACCUUAUUCUUCUCUUUCAAGAAAGCCCAGUAGCGUCUCUGCUUUCUGCAAAGGCUGAGAAAAAUCCAUCUCCCACUCCCCAUCCUCACCACAUUCUACAGAGGAUGUAUUGAGAGCAUCCUGAGCAGCUGCAUCACUGCCUGAUUCGGGAAUUGCACCGUCUCGGAUGGCAAGACCCUGCAGUGGAUAGUGAGGUCAGCUGAGAAAAUCAUCGGGGUCUCUCUUCCCGCUAUUACAGACAUUUGCGCCACACAAUGCACCCGCAAAGCUAACAGUAUUGUGAAGGACCCCACGCACCCCUCACACAAACUCUUCUCCCUUCUGCCAUCUGGCAAAAGGUACCAAAGCAUUCGGGCUCUCACGACCAGACUGUGCAACAGUUUCUUUCCCCAGGCCAUCAGACUCCUCAAUACCCAGAGUCUAGACUGACAUCUACAUCAUUUAUUAUAUUGUAAUUUGUCCUCUACUGUGCCUAUUGUCUUGUUUAUUAAUUAUUGUACCGCCCUGCACUGUUUUGUGCACUUUAUAUAGUCCUGUGCAGGUCUGUAGUCUAGUGCAGUUUUUGUGUUGUUUUAUGUAGUCUAGUGUAGCCUUGUGCUGUCUCACAUAGUCUAGUGUAGUUUUGUGUUGUUUCAUGUAGCACCAGGGUCCUGGAGGAACGUUGUUUCAUUUUUACUGUGUACUGUAUCAGCAGUUUAUGGUCGAAAUUACAAUAGACUUGACUUGACU